AGUGCUGCCUCUCACCACUUUCAGAGCCACCAGUCUACAUAUGUGCUGUUUGUGACUGCUCACAGUCUCAUCAGUUUAGAACAACAUGGGUCAACAGAAGAUAUAUCUGGACAAGCUGGCCCGGUUCUUUCAGAUCCGUAACCUGCUGCUUCGUCAGGCCCUUGCAGAGUGCCUUGGCACUCUUAUCCUCGUGAUGUUUGGCUGUGGCGCUCUGGCCCAACAUGUGCUGAGUGGUGGAUCACAUGGAAUGUUCCUCACUGUCAACUUUGCCUUCGGCUUUGCUGCCACCUUAGGCAUCUUGGUCUGUGGCCAGGUAUCAGGUGGCCAUCUGAACCCUGCAGUGACAUUUUCACUUUGUCUGCUUGGAAGAGAGCGCUGGAGAAAGUUCCCCAUGUACUUCCUCUUUCAGACAAUUGGUGCAUUUUUCGGCGCUGCUGUGAUUUUUGGCAUGUACUACGAUGCCUUGUGGGACCAUCCUGGAAGUUUCAACGUGACUGGGCCUGAUGCCACAGCUGGCAUCUUUGCCACAUAUCCUGGAAAACACCUCACCAUUGUCAAUGGCUUCUUUGAUCAGAUUAUUGGCACGACAGCGCUGAUAGUUUGCAUUCUGGCAAUCGUGGAUCCAUACAACAACCCAAUCCCGAAAGGGCUGGAAGCGUUCACUGUGGGAUUUGUGGUUCUGGUCAUUGGACUGUCCAUGGGCUUUAACUCUGGUUAUGCUGUCAAUCCUGCCAGAGACCUUGGACCACGUCUUUUCACCGCUAUAGCCGGCUGGGGAAGUGAGGUUUUCACGGUCAACAAUGGCUGGUUCUUGGUGCCCGUUUUUGCCCCUUUCCUUGGUUCCAUUAUCGGCACCAUAAUCUACCAGCUGAUGGUUGGUUUCCAUGUGGAGGGAGAAGUACGCGAUAAGGCUGAAAAAACAGAGGAGGAGAAUGUCCGACUAACUAAUGUCAACUCCAAUGCCAACUCAAAGAAAUGUCCCGAGUGAAUGCAGCUUGUCACUCUAAAACAUGCACAUGUAAAUACUUUCACGUUCAUUUUCAGUAUCUGCUGCAGCUACUUUGUGUUAAACCACGUUCACAGCUAUUGAAUAUCUUAUUGGAAGUUAUAUGUUUAUGACUUCAGCUCAUUUCCUUUACACUGUUGUGUUACAAUAUAACAUUGUAGAUGAAACACUGUGUACAGGUUGAGGAGAAACACUAAUUCUAAGGCAGAAUGGCAGUUUUUUUUUCUAUGUAUGUAUCUAAAUCUUUGUGUCUAUAACACGUCAUUUUAACAGUAUUUUGUAUUUUGUAUUUUGUUUUUUAUAACUUGUUUUGUAGUAUAUAUUAUUAAGCAUUAGUAGUAUAUAUUAUUGUUCCUUUUGAAGUUGGACUAGAUAUGAACAUUUGUUAGCGUUCACCUCCCAGGCUUUUUUGCAUUUUGUCUGUUCAGAUCCUUUCAAAUUGCCACUUUGGGGUAAUUUUCAAGUCUUCAGAUAAAAAGUACUGUAUCUGCCAAUAAAAAUAACAUUAUAUGAAUAUA